AUGGCUACAGAGAAGUCUUCAAGUGAAGCUCAGGACAAAAUUCAAGUGGAAAACGUCAGUUGGCCACAAGACACAAAUGAGCGCCUUUGUGUUAAAGUGGAUUACUUGGAGAGCAGAGUGGCUCAUCUGUCCAUCUCCAACACAGACCUGUCCACCAGGUUGGUCCAAAGUGAAGAGGAGAAGCUGAAGAUAUCAAAGGAGCUUGUGGAGGAGAAGCUUCGAAUAAACAAGAUGAGAGCUCAGUUUGAGGAAGAGACAUUUCAGUUGAAAAACAAGAUAUUGAACCAAAAAGGUGAGAUAACAGAACUGGAAACAGAGCGAGACAAAUUGCUUGUGGAGUUCCAGUCAACAGAGGGUCAUCCAAAAGUAAUCGAAAAGAGCAGCGUAGAGUUCACCUCACUCAAGAAAAACUACCUGGCUCUAGCUCAGGCCCACCACAAAGAGCUGGCCCAGACCAAGGAGCUGAGUACAGAGCUGCUGGCCUUAGCCCAGGCCCAGGAUGCCCUGCGCAGCCAGCUGGCCGAGCACCACCAGAGGGCUGAGGACACCACGCAAGGCCUUCAUGGGGAGCUGGACCGAGUCAGGGCCCUCAUCAGCCGCAUGUUGCAUAGCAGAGUCAAGCCAGAAGAUGUUGCUGCUUUGAACAAGCAGCAGAAAAACAUGGAAAAAACUCUUCUCGAAAAUCAGGAUGAAAUGAAAGACAUGAUUGAGGAUAUGAAACGCAGCUAUGAGGAGGAGCAGCGGAAACUCCAAGAGAAGAUUGAGUCGAUGGGAAAAGAGCAGCAGAUUCAAAACAGCCAGCAGAAACCAUCUGAGCAGGGUUUGAUGUGUUUGUGCUGUCUGAGCCAAUUGAAGCAGAUCCAAGAGGACAACUCAAGGCUGCAGCUGCAAGUCAAAGAGCUCAAUGAGCAAUAUCGUGCAAGGCUGGUGUGCUAUUUAAGGGACAUAACUGAGUACAUCGAUGGCCUUGGAGGAAAUAAAAUGCCAUCAGAGGGCAACAAGUUGAAGGCAUUUGUGGACAACAUGCUGAGGGACGUCCGCUCAUCAUACAGAUCUCGUGAGGAACAGCUCGCUACCGCCGCUCGAGCUUAUAAAAAGAAUCUGCAGCGGAUAACCACGUCCCAUCACGCCCUGAUGAAUGCAUACAGAGCUCAGAGGGAGCAGAUUUUGUCCAAAUCAGACAAAGGUCUGGAGCCUGGACCCCCAGAAGCCCAUUUCAACGUGGAACCCACUGAGCUGGGAGAGGACUCAGAGAAGAUUCUCCAUCAGCUUGAGCUGGACAAAUCCAAAAUGGAGGAUCGGUGCCAGAUGACUCGAAACCAGGUGACCGUCCUUAAAACUCCUGUGGCGACUCCCAGUUGCCUGGAGAUGCCAAAACUGGAAAAGAUAUUUGAAGAAUCCUGGUUGGUCAUCCAGGAACAGCUGAAGGAGAUAACAGACUCCACGCUGGGGAGCUAUGAGAGGGAGCACAAGCUCCUCAUCACCAGAGCGACAGUUGCAGAAGCGCAGGUGUCACAGCUGCAGGAUUAUAUUGACAAUCAUCUUGACAUGUCACAAGGCUGAAUGAUCAUUUAGGAAGGAUACAGAGUGAUAUUGACCUUUUACCUGCACAUCUUGCACAUCUCAGUCUUCUUCAUGGGAAAGAGGAGGCAUCACCCACGCAGAGCACUCAUUGAUUUACUUUUAUAUACUUUACUUUUAUUUAAUCACUAAAACACAUUCAAAUUUUACAACAUAAAGCUCAUUAUUCUAUUCGGUAUAUUAGACAAUUAAAAAAUACCCUUUCCACACUUCUUUCAUUUGAUCACUAGGUGGUGUUUUCUCACCCCCACUCUCUCUAUAAUGACAUUCCCAAAGAAAUCCGGCCUUGAGAAAAAAAUGCCUGGAAUGUUUGUAAAGCUUAUGUCAAUUUCACGAGCUGGGUAGAAGAAAGCGCAGCGACAAUGAGGGGUCACCCUGGUGAGAAUAAUGUCAUUACAUGUUACCCAGACGCGUACACAACCGUCCCUGAAUGCUUUCCCUUCAAUGCUCCGGGCUGCUCCAAGGCUCUUUCCCAGAAUCAGCCCAUAUUUAUGACCUCCCCUUUUACAUCCAUUAUGUAGCGACAACAGUCCCCAACUGACUUCAAUGCCACAAAUUAUAACUGACGUCAAAUCUAAAGGUAA